AUGUUUCGGAACCAUAUUCCGAGGUAUCGUCUGCUCGGGUUUCGGAGGGAGAAAAACCCGAGCUCGAAGGUCCCUCCCGACGAGACUAACGUUUCGCCAUCUCUGAUGCUAUCGGAGGUGUUCAGAGUGUCGUUCGUGGCGGGAAUUGUUGGGAUUAAGUAUUGUGAAAAAUAUGCGAAACCUGAGGAUGCAGGGGUUGCAGCAGAUGAAAAAUCAAGUGACGAGGAACUAACUGAGGAUGAAGUUGCUUCAACUGACGAUGAAAUUAUUUUUGCAAACAAUUUGUUGGGAGAAACAAUUUAA